CUCUGCCAGUACAGACUGACCAACAUUGGCUGAGGCGUGAGCUAAAUUCAAUCUCGUCUCAGGAUACAGUGUGCCUCUUUGCAAAACUGGUGACUUUUUUUUUAUUAAAUAAUCUUUAUUUUUCACUUGUACGAUUUUUCAUGCGAGGUAUCAUUUAAACUGAAAAUGGAAACUAUCCUGUAGAGUGAAUGGUUUGUGACAUUAAAAUCUAAAAAAUUUGGGGACUCCUGCAGCUUUUGCAGAAUGACUCGAGAGGAAGAGAUUCCAGAUUGGGUAGGAGCCAAGGAGUUCUACGACAAGUAUGUCCCAAAGGAAAUCCUCGGCAGAGGAGUAAGUAGUGUUGUGCGCCGAUGCAUAAGCAAGCAAACGGGCCAUGAGUACGCUGUAAAGAUCAUAGAUAUCACAUCAGACAAGCUGACCCAGCAAGAGAUUCAGGAACUCCAAGAGUCAACAGCUAAGGAAAUAGACAUCUUGAAGAAGGUGCGUGGAGAGCAAAACAUCAUUCAGCUUAUUGAUUACUUUGAAUCAAAGGCUUUCUUCUUCCUGGUAUUUGACUUGAUGAAGAGGGGCGAGCUCUUUGAUUAUCUUACAGAACAAGUUACCUUAAGUGAGAAAGAAACAAGGAAGAUAAUGCGUGCUCUCCUGGAAGUGGUUCAGUUCCUGCAUUCCCAGAAUAUCGUCCACAGGGACCUGAAGCCAGAGAACAUCCUACUAGAUGAUGACAGAAAUAUCAAGUUAACUGAUUUUGGCUUCUCCUGUCAGAUUGAUCAUGGUGAAAUGCUGAAAGAAAUAUGUGGCACUCCAGGGUAUCUAGCUCCUGAAAUAAUCCAGUGCUCCAUGGAUGAAAAUCAUCAGGGAUAUGGGAAAGAAAUAGAUCUAUGGAGCUCUGGGGUGAUAAUGUACACCUUAUUAGCUGGCUCACCUCCAUUCUGGCACAGAAAGCAGAUGUUUAUGCUCAGGAUGAUACUUGCUGGCAACUAUGAAUUUGGGUCUCCAGAAUGGGAUGAUAGAUCGGAUACAGUCAAAGAUUUGAUCUCCCGUAUGCUGGUCAUAGACCCUAAAAAGAGAUGCACAGCAUCUGAAGCUUUGGCCCACCCGUUUUUUCAACAGUAUGUGGUGCAGGAGGUACGGCACUUCAGCCCAUACAGGAAGUUUAAGGUUAUCUGUACAACUGUACUUGCAUCUGUGAAAAUAUACUACCACUACCGACGAGUGAAGCCAGUCACUAAGGAGAUUGUAAUGAGAGAUCCCUAUGCAAUGAAGACAAUUCGUAAGAUGAUUGAUGCCUGCGCUUUCAGAAUUUAUGGACAUUGGGUGAAGAAAGGACAGGCACAAAACAGAGCAGCCUUGUUUGAAAACACACCAAAAACUAUAUUAUUGUCCCUGACAGGAGAAGCUUAAGACUUGCUUAAAUUUUAACAACUAGUCUGAUUAGUAGAAAAAAAACAGAAAUAAUGAAUUUUUCCCAGAACACUCAUUUGUAGUGUUCAUAAUGGAGAAACAAGAGCAUCAGCAUUGGGGGCCAGAGAAUCAUGCACUCUACAGAUUACAAAGCUGUUCUGUAGAUACGGUUAGCUGCUCAAACAGUAUACUUGUGUAGAAAUGUAUUUUUAGACACCAGAAAAUAUUAAUAGUACUGGUAAAAAAGAAAUGGGUGAAAAUCAGCAAAGAAAUUACUGGAAAUAUUAUUUACUGCAAGUCAUAAGCUUGUGAUUAUACCAGAGAUUAUUUUUUAUGUACAGUGGAUAUGGUUUACAGGUACCUAAAAUUUUAGUUUAAGAGGGAUGUUAAAAAUGUGUAUUUUAAACAAAAAUAUUGUAUUGUGAAUACUUUUGUGCACAUUCAUCAGUGAGGAAACCUAAAACAAUGCCCCCUUUGUAUCAAAAGGCUACAAACUAUAUUAAACAAUAAGUGUUAUUCUCUCCUAUCAAUAGAAAAGAAUACACAGAUCUUCCAGUUUACUUUUAAUAUUUAUUCGCUUUUCAACAUCAAAAGAAAAUAAAACUGGUAAAUUUUGACAUUUUAUAUUGUUCAUUACUGAAAAUACAAUACAUGGUAGCCAUGUGAGCUUUUUGUAUUCAACAGUCCUAUGAUUUGCCCUCGGAUAAUGUAAAGACUUCACUGCCUAGGCAGCUGCAGUUAAUAUCCCACAUUUUCUGCUGGUAAUAUGCAAAACUAAGUCUAAUUAGGUAAACAAUCAAAAUUGGUUUAUCGGGUAAAUGAGCAUUCUGAAGACCUAAAAGCAACCAAAGAAAAGCAUUGGCUACAUGUUUCCACUUUUCUUAUAAUGUGUAAUACUGUAUAAAACCCGAUAAGUCCCUGAAAAUGCAGAACAGUGCUAAAUGGGGAGACAGACUUUCUUCAUGGAAAGUAAAAACAGAACCCAAAAAGGGAUAUAAUGUGGCCUCAGAAACAUCUUUUGGAAGGGGCUAAAAAAGUAAACACCACUAGCACUGUCAGACAAAGACUAGGUUAUAUAGCCUAUUUAGACAAACUAGACUGGAGGAUUUCAAGUAUAUAUCGUACAUUGUUUACACUGAAGUCAGUUGCUUUGAAGGUUGCUUUCUGAUCAAUCAAUGAGCAUUUAUGCAUGAUUUAAUUUCACCCUCAGAGAUAACUGUCUUACAAUGGACUGUUUAUAAUUUUAAAUCAAAUUUAAGCUGUUGUUGUAUAACAUGCAUGCAAUUCAAUUAAAGAGCAAACCUGAA